AUGUCCAACCCAAUCCGCAACGUUGCCAUAAUCGGCGCAACUGGCCAGAUGGGCUCUCAAAUAGCCAAGACCUUGCUCCAACACGGCUUCGAUGUCACAGCCAUUCAGCGGACCGAGUCCACCAAGACCGUCCCAUCGGGAGCCAAGUCCAUCAAACUCGACUUGAAUGACGUAAGCGCUCUCACCAAAGCCUUCCAAGGCCAGGACGCGGUCAUCUCGGCUGCGCCAGACCCCAUCGUCCUGGAGAACCAGAAGCCGUGGAUCGACGCCGCCGUGGCCGCCGGCGUCAAGCGCAUCGUCCCUUCCGAGUAUAGCACGAACGUGGACUCGCCGCUCGCCGAGGGUCUGCCCAUCGUCGUAGACAAGGUCCGCGCCAGACGCUACCUCGUCGAGCAGAUCGCCAAGAACGACAACAGGUCGAGCUGGAUGAGUGUCAACAACGGGCCCUUUUUCGAUGCCGUUCUCAGCUUCGGCGGGCUGGGUCCCAACUUUCGAAGUAAGACGGCCAGGUACCACAACGGUGGGGACAACUUGAUCGGGACGACCAAGAUUUCGGAUAUUGCUGAGACGAUUGCCAAGAUUCUUCGUGAUGAAGGGGGGCUGUAUAAGGAGGCUGAAAAUAAGUCUGUGUACAUCCAUUCGGCGUCCGUCAGUGAGAAGCAGUUGACGGAGAUGGCAGAGAAGGCGACGGGUCAAAAGUUUGCCGUGCAGAACCUUGAUGUCGAGGAGGUUUACCAGAACGCCAAAGUCAAGUUUGCCGAGGGGGAUAGAUCAGUCUGGAUUGACUUCUACUACCAGAUGAUGUAUGGGAAGGGAUAUGGAGGGAGCGAAAGCUUCGAAAAGAUGAGCUGGAAUGAAAAGGUUGGACUGAAGAAGAUGAGCAACAAGGAAAUCGAGGAUGGAAUCAAGCAGGCGGCUCAACAGGCCGGGAUGAUGAGUCAAUAG